CCGUAGACCAUCGGUAUAAAGGAUCCUUCUUUCUUGCGCUGCGCUCAGGACACCGGGUGACAGCCGGAAAUCUGCUCGAGGUCGGGGUUGUCGACGGAACCUAGCAUGACGGGAGAAAGACGGGUUUGCAAUAUGCCGCUGGCUAAGGCUACAGCGAUAUUGUGGAACGAUUGUUGGCGAUGGGUGCCGAUGUCCACGCGAAGCCUUUUCCGGAUGGCGGUAGGACCGCGCUGCAAGCUGCAGCGGAAGGCGGCCACCUUGCAAUAGUGAAGCGACUCCUAGAGCAUGCGGCUUACGUCAACACGGCACUGGCACAAUGCGAUGGACGGACAGCCCUACAGGCAGGCAGCAUCGGAAGGAGGCCAUAUCGAAGUGGUAAACGAGCUCUUGGAAAAUGGGGCCGAUGUCAACGCAGCACCAGCGGAUCGUGGAGGAAGAACAGCCGUGCAGGCGGCAUGUGGGAGAGGCCAUCUCGCAGUGGUUCGAAGGCUCUUGGAAGAGGGAGCUGAGGUCGCCGCGGCCCCAGCAAGAAGGGGAGGAUGGACAGCCCUACAGGCUGCAUCGGAAAGAGGCCACCUUGAAGUGGUGAAUCAACUCUUCGAGAAGGGAACCGAGGUCAACGCACCGCCGGCACAACACGGCGGAAGAACAGCUCUCCAGGCAGCCUCGGAAGGAGGUCACCUUGAAGUUUUCGAACGGCUGCUGGGAGAGGACGCGGAGGUAGCCGCGGCAGCUGCGGGAAGGAGAGGGAGAACAGCCCUGCAGGCAGCAUCGGGGAGAGGCCACCUUGCAGUGGUAAAUCACCUCUUGGCUAACGGCACCGAGGUCAACACAGCCCCAGCAGAACACCACGGAAGAACAGCCCUACAAGCAGCAUCCGAAGGAGGUCACCUUGCAGUAGUCGGGCGGCUCUUGACAAAAGAAGCCGAUGUCAACGCAGCGCCAGCAAAACACGGAAGAACAGCUCUACAGGCAGCAUCUGGAGGUGGACAUCUUGUAGUAGUCGAGCGGUUGCUGAGGAAUGGGGCCACUGUAAACGCAGAUCCAGCGGCUUGCGAAGGAAGAACAGCCCUGCAGGCAGCAUCCGGAGGUGGCCACCUUUCAGUAGCGGACCGUCUCUUGGAAAAGGGAGCCGAUGUCAACGCAGCUCCAGCGGAAGAACUCGGACGGACAGCCCUACACGCCGCAUCGGAAGGCGGCCAUCUUGCCCUCGUCGAGCGACUCCUGGAUAAGGGUGCCGAUGUCAAUACAGAGCCAGCUGGGGAUAAUGGAAGAACUGCCCUGCAGGCAGCAUCGGAAAGAGGGCAUCUUGCAAUAGUUGACCAUCUGCUGGAGAAUCGAGCUGAAGUUCAAGCGGCACCAGCAAGGACGAAAGGAAGAACGGCUCUGCAGGCAGCAUCCGAAGGAGGUCAUCUUUCGGUGGUGCAACAGCUCCUGGACUCGGGGGCCAAAGUUAAAGAAUUGCCGUCCAGCUCGGGCAGAACAGCCCUUCAAGCAGCAUCGGAAGGAGGUCAUCUGGCGGUAGUGAAUCACCUCCUGGUGAACGAUGCUGAGGUCAACGCACCGCCAGCGCAACCGGAAGGUCGAACAGCCUUACAAGCAGCUUCGGAAGGAGGCCACCUCGAGGUACUGAACCGACUCCUGGAGAAGGGGGCCGAUGUCAAUGCCGCACCCACAGCAGCACGCGGAAGAACAGCUCUACAAGCAGCCUCGGAAAGAGGUCACCUCGAAGUCGUCGGUCGACUAUUGGAGGAGGCGGCCGAAGUCAACGCAACGCCAGCUGAACUUUACGGACGAACGGCUCUCCAGGCUGCGUCUGGAGGAGGCCAUCAUGCUGUCGUGGAUAAACUCUUGGAGAAGCAGGCCGAAGUCAACGCAGCGCCAGCAAGAUGGGGAGGAAGAACGGCUCUACAGGCGGCAUCCGGAGGAGGCUAUCUUGCAGUAGUUAAUCAACUCUUGGAGAAGCAGGCUGAUGUCAACGCAGUGCCGGCGGAAUCCAAAAGAAGAACCGCCUGGCAAGCCGCAUCGGAAGCAGGCCAUCUUCGAAUAGUGGAGCGGCUCCUGAAGAAGGGGGCUAAUGUUAAUGCAGCCCCAGCAGGCGACGGCGGACGUACGGCUCUGCAAGCAGCAUCGAAAGGAGGCCAUCGCGCGGUAGUUGAGCGGCUUCUCAGAAAGGGAGCCAAUGUCAACGCUGCCCCUGCAAACUCCGAAGGACGAACAGCUCUACAGGCAGCAUCAGAAGGAGGCCAUGUUACAGUAGUCGAGCGACUCUUGGAGAAGGGGGCCGAUGUCGAUGCCGCGCCAGCAGAAUACGGACGAACUGCGCUACACGCAGCAUGCAAAGGCGGGUAUCUUGCCAUUGUGGAGCUGCUCAUCGUGCACGGGGCUAAAAUCAACGCCGCACCCUCGAACGGGGGACGAACGGCGUUACAGGCAGCAUCGGAAGGAGGCCACCUGGGAGCAGUGAAUCGAUUGCUAGAGCACGGCGCCGAUGCCACUGCUGCGGCAGCAAUAUAUGGCGGGAAAACAGCCCUGCAAGCAGCGGCGGAAGGAGGCCAUAAGGCAGUCGUCGAACGACUGACUGAUCGGGGCGCAACCAAGUAAUAUCCCAGAAGCCGCCGACAGGGCCGACAACGAGGCUGUGCACCAGCUAGAUGAGGUUAUGGUGGUAUGCGACGUCACUUUGUUCUGGCUCGCGAUUAGAUACGGAUGACGGCCGACGAAUGAUGAUUUUGGUAGCUUGUUUCGUUGUUCCGCGGG